CUGCAUUGCCCCGAUUUUACUGCAAAUUCAGCGUUUCUCACAGAGCAUAAGAGCGGAUCUAAUUUGCUGCUCUUGAGUUUUAGGAGAAGUAUUUUUGUUCCAAAAACGAGCAAGCAGACACGCCAUUAACGAGAGGGGGGUUUACGUUUCUAGUGGAUUUCAAAUGUGCACAGCUAAUGCCUUUUCUAAAUUGGAAGUAUUUUUUCUCUGCCAUUCCAAGAGGUCUGUAACUUUUCACAUUUGAUGCUGUCAAGCCAGACACCGGCCUUUAUCAGUUGCGAAAUUCCUAAAUUGUAGUACAGAGAAGCCAAAUCUAUUAAUUCAUGCCUAAUGAAGACCAGAUGUCUGUAGAGGUUGCAAAACAAGCGUGCUGUCGUACAGUAGUGUGUUUCGAGGCUGCGGUCAGUCCAUCACUUCCUGCUUUCACUUACAUUUCAAUUUAUCGCGAAGAUGAAGGUCUUACUGAUACCGGUCUUCCUUUGUGUGGCAGAUCUUUAUCAACUUAUCACCUGGGCUAGUGCCUCAAAUCCUGUCCACUGCCAAUGGAAUGCAUUUGGUCCUUGGUCUGAGUGUGACGGCUGCACUAAAACUCAGAUACGGAGAAGAUCGGUAUCAGUGUAUGGACAGUUUGGAGGACACGCAUGUGUUGGUACAGCUUUUGAAACAAGACCAUGCAUUCCUACGAGAGGAUGCCCAGUAGAAGAUGGCUGUGGUGAUAGAUUUCGAUGUUUCUCAGGUCAGUGUAUCAGUAAGUCUAUGGUAUGCAAUGGAGACCAGGACUGUGAUGAAGAUGGUGCGGAUGAAGACAAGUGUGAGGAUCGCAAGACACCGUGUGACACUAGUAAAAUGCCACCAAAUGUUGAGCUCACAGGAGCAGGCUUUGACACAGUUUAUGGUGAAUUUAAAAGAUCUGUCAUCCACACAGCAAGCUUCGGUGGUCAGUGCAGGAAAGUAUUCAGUAGUGACUUGAAGAAUUAUUACAGGCUGGGCGAAAGUCUUAUUUCCUAUACAUUUCAGGUGAAAAUACAGAACGAUUUUAACUAUGAAUUUUAUAACAGCAGUUGGUCUUACAGCAGACAUUUUGAGAAUGUGGUAACUUCAAAUUAUGGAGAACGAGGGCAUGCAGUGAACACAAUUAACAGGAGCAGUUCAAAGAGUUAUCAUUACAUGGUUAUCCAGAAUGAAGUUGAAGUUGCUCAGUUCAUUAAUAACCAGCCAGAGAUUUUAACUCUUGCUGAGCCAUUCUGGAAAGAUUUAGCGAACCUUCCAGCUACGUACGAAUACAGUGCCUAUCGAAAACUGAUUGAAAAGUAUGGCACUCAUUACAUUCAUUCUGGCUCUCUGGGUGGUCAAUACAAGGUUCUCUUUUAUAUGGAUACAGAUAAGGUGAAAGCAGAAGGACUGAGUAAGAAUGAUAUGGAGAAGUGUACUUCAUCAGGAUUUUCUUUUUUCUUCAUCAGCAAAAAGAAAGUUGAAUGCACGAAACUGUUGGAGAUAUUGCAGAGUGCCUCAGGACAAAGCAAACGACAGAUACGAGGUGAACCUCUCAUUCUUGGAGGAAAGGCAGGAUUUGCAGCUGGCCUGGCAUAUUUAGAUUUGGACAACCCUGCUGGAAACAGUGAAAGAUAUUCCCGCUGGGCUGGUUCCGUAAAAGAUUUUCCCAAUGUGAUCAAACAGCAGCUUUCACCUCUGUAUGAUCUCGUUAAGGAAGUACCAUGUGCCUCAGUAAAGAGGCAUUACUUGAAACAGGCAAUUGAGGAGUAUAUCAGUGAAAAUGAUCCAUGCAGAUGCAAACCCUGCCAGAACGGAGCUAAAACAAUGGUGAUUGGAACCCAAUGUUUCUGUUUAUGCAAACCUUAUACAUUUGGACCAGCCUGUCAAUAUGGAACUCUUGUUGAAGAUCAACCAGGAGUUAUUGAUGCUGGCUGGAGCUGCUGGUCUGGCUGGAGCACUUGUGUAAAUGGACGAAGAACAAGAAGCCGCAGCUGCAACAACCCUUAUCCCAGUGGUGGGGGUAAAUUCUGCAUUGGGGAAAGUACAGAGAGUCAAUCAUGUGAGGAUGAGGAGUUGGCAUACUUCCGAACAAUAGAGCCGCAUUGUUUUGAUAAUGCAGUGAACCCAGAAAAUGCUUGCCUGCCUCCUAGUCCACUUGAAAAUGGAUUUAUCCAGGACCCCAAGUCACUAUAUCCUGUUGGGAGCAUUGUUACGUAUUCUUGCAGCAGUGGAUAUUUCCUUACUGGAGACGCUACAGCUAGCUGUGGUGAAGAUCGGCAAUGGCAUACACAGCACAAGCUGUGCAAGAGAGUUCAGUGUCUUCCUCCAGUUCUGCUGUCUGAAGUCUUAGGUGAUCCACUGAAGCACAGUUAUCAAAUCGGAGAUAAAAUCACACUUUCAUGUUCAGCUGGCAAGCAACUGGUUGGCCCAGCGUCUGAAUUACUUUGUGAAUCUAGCCUCCAAUGGUCUCCAGAUGUGAUGCAAAUCACAUGCAGAACAGCUCCUGUUGUGGCACCAGAUGAAAAACCGACAUGUAAUCCUUGGGAGAAAGUUGUUGAGAAAAAAUGUACUUGCAAGAUGCCUUAUGAAUGUGGAUCUUCACUUGAUGUCUGCGCUACAGAUGAUACAACAAAAAGAAACUUGCCAGUAACUGUCUGCAAGGUCUAUGCUCUGGAGUGUUUGGGCAAAAGAUACAAGCUAACAGAAGACAGCAACUGCAAAAUGCCCAUCAAGGCAAAGGAUGAAAAAUGUGGUUCAUGUCAGUUAUGGGAGCGAUGUGAUGUAAUUCAAACAAAAUGCACAUGCAAACAAGCCAGUGAGUGUGUUGACCAAGGGAUCACUAUCUGUGUCCAGAUCGGUGAUGAUGCUGUUGGGAAAACUAUGACAGAGUGCCAGGCUGGGGUGCGGAGAUGCCAAGGGGAAAAGAUCAAAGUCACCAGCAUCAAAGCUUGUACUGCAUAACUGCUAUGCAGUAUGUACUGUGCUAGUCCACUACUUUGGAAGAGCUUACAGUUUUAUAUAGGAUUCCUGUAGAACUAUUAUUUGUAUUCUGUGUGGAAUCUUCACACCUGGAAUUUAUACACUAAAUUGUGCUGCUGAAGCAUAAAAGUAACUAGAAUGAAAUUAUGAAGUGUAUUUCUCAUAGGUAAUAUUUAUGUAUUCAUCAAGUCAGUUGGAAGGAGACUAAUUUUCACUCCUAGUAUUUCUCAGAGUGCAUGCAGAUCAUUGAGCAGAACUAGCAUAGGAAAUAUAUUAAGAUUAAAGCGUUGUUGUGAAAACAUGAAGUUUACAAAAUAUAAUUAAAGAUGCAUAAAGUGUGCAGAAAUACAGAAGUAUCUGGGACACUC